GUUUUCCCCAGGAAAACAACAACCUUCCAUUUUGUUUUCUAUUUUCUGGGCACAAAAAUCAAAGAGGGUAAAACUCAGUCUCAUCAGAAGCCAAAGGAGGGAAAAGAGAAAUGGCCACUUCUCUGUUCUUGGCUACUCCACUUUUCCAUCCUUCUCAGAAUAGAGAAGUAAGUGAAAGAGCUAUAGGAAAGUUCAAUAGCUCACUCUUUGGGGAAUUGUUAAGAAAUCCAAGUCUUGUUCAGAAAGGGAUUACUCAGAAUUGCAGAAACAAGAGUGUCUCAAUCACCUCACUGUUUGGAAGGAAAGUGAAAGCUAAGACCAAGAGGGAAACUGUGGUACCUGACCCAGAUUAUCGAAUACCUAUCGUCCUGCUUGGUGCAACAGGUGCUUUAGUUUAUACUGACAAUCUACUAGCAGCAGUUCCAGUAGGUCUUCUUGGAUUACUUCUUCUUGUUCAGGCUACAAGGGUCAGGUUUGUCUUUGAUGAUGAAGCUUUGGAGGUGAAAGUGGGUUCUGAGCUCAAGGAAUCAGAAGAAAAUGUUUUUGUGGGCGGCAAGAAUCGUUGGAAGUACUCCACAUUCGUAAACUGGGAGUUCUGGUGGCCAAAUUUCCCUAUCUUGGUGUAUUUCAAAGAAACACAAACCAAGCCAGAAGGACAAAUUCACUUCUUCCCUAUAAUAUUUAAUGGAAAGCAACUCUAUGAUGUCAUGGUAGAGCGAUCAGGUCCAUCAGAAACCAGUGGCCCAAAAUCGACGUGAAGACUUGAGCUCAGUGAUUCUGAGUUAAAGUUAUGAGUAGAAUGGUAUGACCACAGUAGUUGCCUACUGAUAUAUGAUAAUCCAAAUUUAUUUUCAUACAAUCAUUGUGGUUACUUUUUUCUGUCACUCUAAAACAUCUCAGAACUUCCUGCGUGUGAUAUCUGUGUAUCUUUAGUUCCCACAAGGCGUAAAUGACAACUACAUAGUGAUUCUUUCUGUUUGUUA